AUGGGGUUUAUCCCUUACUUGCGAAUGCCGCCUCCAUAUAUCCUGGCGUGCAUGCUUUGCUCAGCCAAUGGACUCCUUUUCGGCAUGGAUACUGGUGUGAUCGGCCCAGUAACCGAUAUGAAAGAUUUCAAAUCUCAGUUUGGAGGUAGUCAAAAUGCGACAAUUCAUGGUCUUAUCGUCUCGUCCAUUCUAAUUCCUGCGGCUCUGUCUUCAUUUUUCGCCGGGUAUCUUGCCGAUAAACUUGGUCGCCCCAAAGGCAUCAGUAUUGGCGUUUUCAUUUUUGGCGUCGGAGCAGCCAUCGAAGCUGCGGCCACGUCGUUGGGCAUGUUCAUAGGUGGCCGUGUGAUUGAGGGACUGGGAGAAGGACUUUUCCUUGGUAACUUGGUUGUUUACAUCUGUGAGAUUUCGCCUACUAGCACUAGAGGGCCUUUGACGACAGGUCCCCAGCUGCUUAUUACUUUGGGCCUUGUUACGGGAUACUUCACUUGUUACGGAACAUCAAAUAUCGCAUCAUCGCUCUCGUGGAGAACCCCGUGGAUCAUCCUUGCAUCUCUAUCUAUGAUUCUAUCGGCUUGUUCCCUUAUGUUUCUCCCGCCAUCUCCUCGAUGGCUAACUCUUCAUGGUCACCAGGAAGAGGCAGAUGCGGUGUGGAAUAUGCUUGGUGUUUCUCAUGCGGAGCGUGAGAAAGUUGAACUUCAAGUUGCAGUGGAAGAAAAAGAUGUCCGGGGUCGCACUGCCCUUGCAGUCUUCCUAAUGGGCGUUCAGCAGCUCAGCGGCAUUGAUGGUGUCUUAUAUUACGCCCCUCUUCUCUUCCAGCAGGCUGGCCUUGAAUCCUCCGAAGCUAGUUUUCUCGCGUCUGGUGUCUCGGCACUGGUCAUCUUCGCCGUCACUAUCCCUGGUUUGAUCUACUGUGACAAAUGGGGAAGGCGACACAGUAUCAUCUAUGGUGGCUUUGGGCUUGCUCUCGUUAUGUUUCUUAUUGGCGGUCUGUACGCUGGGAAUGCUGUUCAUGCUACCUUUGGUGCAGGACGCUGGGUUGUUAUCGUUUGCAUCUACAUUUUCGCAGUCAUAUAUUCCUUGACUUGGGCAGUUUCGGUCAAGGUCUACAGUGCUGAGAUACAGCCUCAGCGAACCCGUGCCUCCGCUACAACACUAGCUCAUUCAAGCAACUGGAUAUUCAACUUCUUGGUUGCUUUGGUCACUCCUGUCCUAUUAUCCAAAAGCAACUGUGGUGCCUACUUCAUGUUUGGAGGAUGUUCCGUCAUUGGCGCAGCUGUCGCUGCCAUAUUUAUGAUUGAAACCAAGGGUCGAUCUUUCAAUGAGAUCGAGGAGGAUUUCAAACACCGAGCACCAGGCAAGAAUGGUAUAUUCAGUGCUCUCCAACGAAAAAGCGAGAAGCAGGAUCUGUGA